AUGAGGCUAGAUCAAAUGAAUGAGAUGGAUAAGUUUUGCUUGAAUGCGUAUAAGAGUGCUUCUCUUUACAAAGAGCAGAUGAAAUUGUAUCAUGAUAGGCAUAUUGAGCAACGCAAAUUUAACAUUGGGGAUAAAGUGUUGCUAUUUAAUUCCAAGCGGGGGUUAUUUCCAGGCAAGCUACAGUCAAAGUGGUCUGGACCUUUCACCAUUACACAUGUAUUCUCUCAUGGUGAAAUCGAUCUUGAAGCUCAAUAUGUUCAUAGGUUCAAAGUGAAUGGGCAGCAGGUGAAACUGUAUUUGGGAUCUCCUAAAGAAGUGAAAAUUGUCGAAGAGCUCCAUCUUGAUGAAUUUUGA